UUAAGAAAACUGUGGCAUGUAAAAUGUUUAUUUUCAGUUGACGGAGGAUGGGGAGAAUUUUCGGAAUAUGGCGCAUGUUCCCUUGAGUGUGGCGGAGGUACCCAAGAACGUGUUCGAUUAUGUAACAACCCAGCGCCACAAUAUGGAGGCUCUCAGUGUCUAACUGUUGAAGGAGUAGAGCAACUGGAGGAAUCACAGGUUGAACCAUGUAACACACAGCCAUGUCCAAUUGAUGGCGGAUGGGGAGAGUUUUCCAAUUAUAGCGCAUGUUCACUUGAAUGCGGCGGAGGAACCCAAGAACGUGUUCGAUUAUGUAACAACCCAGAGCCACAAUAUGGAGGCUCUCAGUGUCUAACUGUUGAGGGAGUAGAGCAACUCGAGGAAUCACAGAUUGAACCAUGUAACACACAGCCAUGCGCAAUUGACGGAGGAUGGGGUGAUUGGUCAAAUUUUAGCACAUGUUCUUUGGAAUGUGGAGGAGGUACCAAAGAACGUGUUCGAUUAUGCAAUAGUCCAGAGCCACAAUAUGGAGGCAUUCAGUGUCUAACUGCAGAGGGAGAACAAAAACUUGUAGAAUCUGAGAUCGAACCAUGUAACACGCAACCAUGUCAAAUUGAUGGAGGAUGGGGUGAUUGGUCAAAUUAUAGCACAUGCUCUUUGGAAUGUG